GUGGAAUCCGUUGUGACAUGAAUCGAUGACGUGGGAAACAAUCGAUGACGCCCCACCCUCCACGCGCUCGCCCGCCUCUACGGCUCCGUCGACACCGAGAUCUCCCAAAAGCGGAGGCGGCGAAGCAGGGGAAGAACCGGGCCACGGUCGUCACGCUCAACGCCGAGAUCCGCCGCGCCAAGGCCAAGCUCCUCGAGGAGGACCUGCCCAAGCUACAGCGCCUCGCGCUCAAGAAGGUACUUGUGGUGAGAAGCAACCUCCGGCUGAUCGUCAGGGUCAUGGCGCCCCCUCACCCCGUGCAUUUGGCGGCUCGCAGCGGGGACUUGGAUUGCAUCCUGAAGCUGCUAGUGUGGGGAGCUGAUCGGCUCCAAAGGGACUCUGCUGGGGGAGAACUAGAUCCCUGCCAUGGUCUUGCCUUACACAUUGUUGGUCUGCUGAAUUUUGUGCUAUGAGGUCGCUGUCAAUAGUUUCUCUUGUCCAACGCAUGAUCACAUUAUCUCGGUCUUGUACAAAUGCUAGCAGGUACUGGGUCAUCUGUUCAUUUGCAUUUCACGCGGGUUCAUAUUCUGCAUAGUGUGAGACUGGCAUCUUUCAUUUGGUUUGCUGGAACAUUGCAGAAAAGAACUUCUUUACAUAGAAAACAUUGCAAAAAUAAAAUGUGCGGAAAUCUUGAACGGGUUUGGGUAUGUUUUCAGCAUCUCUGUAUUGCACUAGUAAUUCACCAAUGAUUCUUAAGUUCUACCUGUGAGCACCAAAUGUUUGGGAACUCUUUUGUAAUUUGGUUAAUCAGCAUUUGUAUUGUACCACUUCCUGGUUGCCGUAUCAAAUGUUAUACCAUUGCACUAUUUAGUUACUUUUCAAAGUUGUGAUAAAUAUAGUUUUUUUUUACUUUCAAGAUAGCAUCAAAUUCAUGUCUUCCAUUUUUCUCAUCUACGCUGCGUGUCUAUAUAUAGCAGCACAAUUUUAGUUGCUCUGUAGGUUAUCAGUAGAACUCAACUAGCUAAUUAACAAGUGAACUCACUAUGCAUUUGCUGAAUCCAUAUUUGGAAAGUUCACUGACCCUGCUACUAUAACAAACUGCUGGUGGUGGCUCUUUCCCAGGUAUUACAUGCAUCAUCAGUCCUAUAUAGCUGCUGCUCAUAUACUCAUUUUGUUCUAGGAAAGUGGGAGGGCAGGGGCCCUUGAUUUUCUUGCAUAAUUUGAGCAAAUUUGAGCAAAUGUGAUUUUUAUUCUCUGAAGUUGAUUCUCAUGUGUGGUCAUACCAACAAUACAUGCUUAAGACAUCAGUGGCUGGACUGUAGAUGUUUGAAUCAGGAAAAAAAUUGUGGGGAAAUGGUCCAUUUAUCCUUUAUUGCUUUGUGUUUUCUCUUCUAGAAUUAGUGUACUUUACUUAUAUGUUUAUAUGUUGAAUGACAGAAGCUUAAGGUGAAGAAGGCCAUCGAGAAGGGCAACACCGACGGCGCCCAGAUAUAUGCCGAGAACGCCAUCCGCAAGUGCACCGAGCACAUGAACUACCUCCGCCUCGCCCCAUACGCCCAUGAGUGAUAUAUACUACUUGCCUGCUGCUGUAUCAUAUUGCUUACUUUUUUACAUCAGAUCAACUAUGAAGAGAAUUGGUGGUGGUUAGGGUGUUCUGGUGCUUAUGUAAUCUUCUUUCAGGCCUUUGGAGAUAAGAGUUCUUUAGCUGACAAGUUUAGCAAAUGCUGCAGUGCCUAUGGUUUAGUUUUACACUUGCGUAAAAAUGAAUGGCUGCUACUGUUUCUAGUUUUAGGUUGGGAUGAGAUGCAUGUUUGCAUGCUUGUGCUUCUGUAACUACAAUCUAUACUACUGCUAUUGUCAUAUCCUGGUUGUUUUGUUGCUACCAAUAUUUGUCCCAUGUUUUGUUUCCUUGCAUGCUUACUACUACAAUCUAUACUACUAUUGUGCAAGAUGUUCACAUGUUAAUUUUUGUUGACUAAAAUCUCUUAUGCUGUUGACUUAGCUUGACCCAGAACAGCAGCAUCCUUGAUGCGACUAACCUUCACCUCGUUCUUUCUCUCGCAGACUUGAAGGAGGCCGUAUGCAAGGCACCAAGGUGCAUGGUGCUCGCAAGCGACGAACGGAGGCUGUUUGACAUCGGCUACGCAAACCACCAUUGAGCUCCAGGUCUAUGAAAUUUGAAGUUCGAAGCCGUAUAGCCCUACUCAGCAUAGAGCCUUAGACUGUAAAUAUUGUAAUAGUAGGCAUAUUUGGGCUGUAAUACACUAUAUACAGAUUGUAGUAGACUUAGUUUUAUUUGAUGAACUACAUUUGUACUGUUUCGUCUGAAAUAUUGACUAUGUAUGUGAUUUGAAAA